AAGGAUUGUAUGUUUCAUCGCAGAGGCAGCUAGUUAGCAACAUAGUUAACUGGGUGCACAUUAGGGCAGCGGUUGCCUAUUUGUAUUUAGUGUACGGUGUCCGCUCUGGAAGUCCACUAAUAUUGCAGUUUCCACUGAAUAUUUUGGACGUGGAGUUAACCGGUCCGCGAUGACGUCGAAUUAUGUAGCUUUCCAUACACAGUUAACCUCCAUAAUGGAGGUAUUAACUAAAGCUGCCAUCGCAGAAAUUUGCGAACUUGUGGACGAUGGCUAUGCGGUUUUACAUUUGGAAAUAUCCCGAAGUCAGAAAGAGAACGAGGCUCUUAAAAGGAAAUUACGAAUGAUGGAGAUGAGGAUUGAACGAGGGUCCUGGGCGAGAGCGGUGCGGGAGAGCUGUGUAAACAGUCGCUCAAGUGGAGUUCAGCUUUAUAAUGAAUUUAGAGCAACAGCACGGGAGGAGAAUCACUUUCCCGCUGCACACAGAGACUUCUCUGUUGGCAGUCAGCUGGGCAUCAGUCUUUGGAGAGAUGGAGAGCCUGCAGCCUUGGAUGAGGAAGACACUGCAGUUAGGUCUGAUGUGCAGGAUAAGCCUGCGGACGUUGAGGAAGCAAUGAUUAUCAAAAAGGAGGGACUUGAGGAGGAUUUGGAGAACGGUGACUCACAGGGAAGACUGAAGAGCAGAAAAGAGAGGGUUGCAAAGUCUGGAUCUAACGAUGGUGAAAGGGCUCCUAAUGGGGACACACGGACUGCACCUGAACACGCAGAGGAGCUCACUGAACAGCACAGACCCAGAAAAAGUGCUUGGAAAGACAGUGGACUGGACACUGUCCUUAAGGCUGAACCAGAGGACGAGACUGAAAAUGUCCAGGAUACAGGCUCGGAGCACAGUACAGGAAGGCUGAACAGCCUGGGCAAUGAGUACCCUUUAUAUGAGAGAAAUGGACAGUUGGACACCUUGUUUUCACAGAGGAGCACUGACACAGAGACUGAGGGUCCAGCGUGCUCUUAUACUACCGAAACAGACUCAGAGAGCUUGUCAGUUCACUCCGAACAGCGCCUUGGUCCUAUCACAGGGAAAGGUGCAGUUGACAGCCUCUCUCCUUUAGGGUCUGCUGAUAUGAAACCAGAUGUCAUAGUUAUUGACUCAGAACCCGUUAAAGUAGAUGCUGAGGUAUGUUCUGCUUGGAGUGAAGAGGCAACGUUAGGAGUGGUUCACACACAGCAAAGGCAUCACAAAGAGUAUAGGGGCAGAGAUAAACUACUGCCAGAAAAUGCAGCCCAAAUGCCAGUGAGAGAGAGCAGUACGGAGUCAAAUAGGCUUUUCACUUUACCAAGAAAGGUUAGAGUUGGUGUGAGAGAGAAAAGGUUCAUUUGUGGAUACUGUGGGAAGAGUUUCACAUGUCCCAAAUAUCUCCAAACACACCAGAGAGUUCACACAGGGGAAAAACCAUACAGCUGUAUGCAGUGCGGGAAAAGGUUUGCCCAGUCAAGUUACCUCAAGAAACAUCAGACAGUUCACACGGGAGAGAAACCUUUCAGCUGUGCACAGUGUGGAAAGCGAUUUGCUGAUUCAAGUAAUCUCAUUAGACACAAGAGCGUACACACAGGAGAGAGACCAUUUAUUUGCAUACAUUGUGGGGAAAGAUUUGCCGGAAAACAUAACCUUAAAAUACAUCAACAGAGGAACCAUCCAUCAGUGUGGAGUGUGAGGUAAAACUUGAAAAUGAAAUGGAAAAAUCAUUCUACUUAUUAUAUUGUGCACAUAUGGGCAGUUUUUUUUUGAGAAGGGA